CACAUUGUAAACGUCAUUGACUUGUUAACAAUGUCAAACCAGCAUAGGUGAAAGCGUAAACACGCAGUGUGACAACAACUUAAGUGUAAAUGUUAAGUCUGUGUCGUGUCAAGUUUUAAGUGAUUCAAUGGGAUUUCUAUAUUCAUCUUCUGGCCACAGCAGUGUGAGGAGAUGGCCUAGACAUGCAAAUUGUAUCCCGACACACAUCAGUUGUUCUUACUGCAUCGCCGUACCAGCCAGCCACGUCAUGAAUACCCAGCAGUAAGCCACAUGAUGGGAUUUCCAUUUUCGUUUUGGGGUUUUUAAAUUCUGGAAACAGUGCCACCGAAUGGUCGCCACUUAAAGAGACGUAGCCUUUUGUUACAGACUUUCCUUCCAGUUUCGAUGGCUGAACGACUGAUAGGAAGAUAUAGAGAGUGGGCUGUGUUAUCACGAGGUUGGAAUAGUAACAGAUUAUUCCAAAUUCAUGGCAUUCGAUCAGUGGGGAAGUCGAAAUUCGUGGAAGAAUUUCUGAAAUUCAAAGAAGAUAGCAAAGAAGCUUAUGUGAAAGUGCUAUUGAUAAAGGUGAGGAAUGUGUCUGGUUUGAGAGGAAUUGGCUUGGCCUUGUUUACAGCACUAGAUCUGACUGCUCCCCAAGACGACAGUAUCUGGGCGGAGACCAUAUGCAGCGCUGUAACUAGAAAAGAACACACAGAUAUCAUAGUCGUCUUUGACGAUGCUGAGAAUAUACUGGAGGGGCAAGAUGCUGAGGAGUUCAAAUCGUUCUGUAAAUGUUUGAUUGACAACUGCCGAAAUAUCAAAAUUAUCAUCACAACUUCAACAGAAGUGAUUUUCGAAGACAUCGGAGAUGAGUGCCUGGAGCUAUUGAUACCACCUCUCUCGCCGACAGAUUCUGAGGCCUUACUGCGACGUUAUGCCCCGUCCGUGGACUUUGGGCAACAUCUCGCAACCAUUGUCAAGUUGUGUGAAGGGCUACCCCUCGUCAUCACCAUGGUUGCUUCAGAGCUGUCAGGCACCGAAAGUGACGCUUCUUCUCUGACCGUGGCGGAAAUGUCCCUAGCAUUACAAAGCUGUCGUCUGGAAGCCCUCAGUCAGUUCAUGUAUGCUCGCGAAGAAAGAUUAGAUGCUAUAUACGGCACAUUCCUGAAACGUUUACCAGAGUCUAUGCAAACCAAACUAGCCACGAUAGGUUACAUGCCUGGGACAUUUACCCUCAGUCACGUGAGGGAGAUGGUCGAUGAUCCAACUGACGAAGAAUCCAUGGAUACCACCAUUACUCCGUUAAUGAGGCGCCAUUUCCUGAAGCAGGAUGACAUCACACAGCGGUAUGACAUACAGGGGAUCCUACGGAACUGCAUUGACGACUUAUUCGAGACCGUUAAGGAGAGUCCGGAGGUUAAACAGAGGUUUUGUUUCCUAUUUGCCCGUAUAAUGACGAAAAUUGGAAGUAUGCUGACAACAUCAGAAUACGCAGACGCAUUGUGUCAGUAUAACCAGGAGCAGCAGAACUUCAGGAAGCUCCUCACAAACGUGGAACUUGUCUACUCUAACGAAGAUAUGUACUGUCUGUUUAUGGAGGUGGCCGUCCGUGCUUCUAACGUCAUCCAGCAAUUCAUGGGAGCUGAUGGGUUCGAGUUCUACCAAGCACUAACCGUUCUAUCGUCAAGACUGAACAAGAAGUUGGACGAGGCUUGUAUUCACCUGUGUUAUGGUGGAGCGUUGACCAAUGUCAAGGGCAACAUGAGAGAAGGCGAAGCGAAGUAUCGACUCGCUAUACAGUACUUGGAGAACUUGGCGGAUGACCCUACAAUAUCACCGUCUGGUUGUUACCACGGCCUGAAUCAGGACAGGCGAUACCACCUGGCUUGCUCGUAUCAAAGGAUGGGAUGGAAUUUGUUUAUCCAAGGCCGAACAAAGGAAUCCAUUGUUUAUCUGGAAAAGGCCUUUGACCUUGAGAACGAGUUAAAGAUGUACACGGACGAGCUUAUCCUAGCUACUCUUAUGUCAUUGGGAAUUACUCACAACUUGUCAGAGAACAUGAGUGUCGCUCUUCGGUAUCACAAAGAAGCGCUUCGCCGGAGGAAACACCUUUACAAAACCCCAAAGGAUCCAGAAGGAGAGAAAAAUCCUGCCAUCGGAUCCUGCUACAACAACAUGGGGCUUACAUACCGCAAAAUGGAUUGUAAGGAAGAAACGCUCUACUUACUUUCAAAAAUCACUGGAAAUAAAAAAGAAAACCAAGGCCCCACAAAAGUCUAUCGCAAUAUCAGUCAUCAAUGUCGCAAGUGCUCUUUCCGAAACGGGAAAACACCAGGAGGCCUUGGUAAUGUUACAGGAUGCAAGUGAAAUUUUAAACAAGACCCCAAAUUUAUAUCAAGAUACAAUAGCUUUAGUCCAUGCAACGGAAGGUCAGAUUCUACUCCGCAAAACUUAUUACAGAGAAAGCAUCAAGCUCUUCAAAAAAUCGUUAUCCAUUCGCAAACAUUGCGGUCCAAACAACUUCUGGUCAGGGGAGACUUAUAAUGACCUAGCCAAGGCAUAUAUUGGUUUAAAAGAUAGCAGACAGGCUCUGCAUUGGCUAAAUCAAGUCUUCAGUCUGCAAGAGGAACUAAAGUCAGAUGCACCAACGAAUUCCUUCGUUUUCGACUGCUACGUUAGAGCUAUGGGUGUGCUUGCAGAUAUCGGCAAUUAUGACGAGGUCCGCUGUGCGUUUGAUAUUGCUAGACAGGAACUGCAGCGCAUGCGUCAAGAGUUCAUUGCUUUGGGUAACUCUGCCAAAGUUGCGUGGGUAGACACGGAAAUGGGCGCACUUCCUAGUGUGUACACCCGUCUGGUCCCUGGAUCUGAAUAGUUACAACCGAAAGUUUACAGUAGGGACCCAAAAAGGGGAGGACUAAUUACAAUAUCCACCGCUGCCAAGUUAAUGAAAUGCGAAACACAAAUAAAAUUUCAUGCUGAAGUUAUGAAAUGAUUUAUUGUUCAUUUCGGUAUGUGUUUCAAAAACACUUUCUUUGUACACAAAACAAGGAUGUUACGACCUACGGCAAAUAUCUGUCUUGUGAAAUAUUUGUUAUGAUGACCGCUGCAUGAAAUGUAAAUCUCCACAGUAUAUACCGGUUAAUGGAAAGGUUAAAAUACGGUAUUAAAGCUCACGAGCAUAUGUAGCUUUUACAUUUUGAUCAUUAAACACCAUCGAAGCAAACACGAAAUAACUAUCAGAUGAUGUAAUGCGAAUGUGGCAUUGCAUACAUGUUUGGGAGCAUUGACAAAAAUAUAAUUCAUACCCCGAAGAUAA